AUGGACUCAGAGGAUGGCUCUGGUCCAAAACAGAGGAGAACUAGACAACAGUUUUUUAAAUGUUCUGCUGAUUGUAUAGAGAAAACGAACAGGUCAUGUCAAAAUGGUAAUCUUACUCCGUCUUCUUCGACUUGUGCUGUGAAUAUUGGAAAAGAGAGUGUGGGUUCUGGGAGGAAAAGAAAAAUGUUAGUUUCUGAAGAUGCAACAAAGUUCAGUCCAGCAACUUGUGAGCCUAUCAUUGGACGGGUUUUCGUUGAGGAAAUACCUAAUGAUGAUGAUGAUGAUACGGAUGAUUCGGAGGAUGAUAAUGUUGUUAUCAUUGUAGAGGAGGAAGAGAGUAAUAUGUUUAAUGAAAAAGAUGAGGAGGUUGUUUCAUCUACCUCAAGCAUGAAGUCGGUGGAAGUGCAUACUGAUAGCACCUCAUCUUCUGAGUCUGAAUCAGAAGAUGAAAAGAAUGAAGAAGGAGAAAAAGAGUCGAAUGGGGGUUUAGCACCUGAGCUUGUUGUUGAGAGUGAAAAGCAGAAGAAAGGUGGAUCAUAUCUUCUUCGUUCACGUUCACUUUCUAAGUCCAAAAAGAAGAAGUUGAACAAUGGAACUUGUAGUAGCAGCCCAAUUCUACUUACUGUUGAGGAGGAGUCUGAUGGCGAGGAGUCUAAAUCUGAAGAAGAUUGCGAGGUUGAUGACUCGGUGAAGAAUGUCGUUCAAAAGGACAGGAGGAUUGGAAAGAAGAUUCUUGAAGAUUCGGAAUUUAUGAAAUUUGUUAUUGAUUCCAUCAUAAAUGUUGAUGAUCAUGAUAAAAUUACUCCUUUUGAAAAGAAGGAACGGGUUCCUGUCAAGGAAACACUUCCUUUAGUAUUUCGGUUUGAAGACGAGGAACCUCCUCCCCCUGAGAAAGAAGAAUGGGAAAAGGAAGUUGAAAAUCUCUUUGCUGAAAUGCAGAUGUGUAUCUUAGAGUCAGAUAUUGGCUUUACAAAUCCAUCCACUUCACAGAUAUGUGAGUAUAUUGCUCUUGCUCAAAGAACUCGAGGGAGAUAUGAAAGAAAACAUUUAGGACAAUCGCCGUCACUCUUGGAUGUUGAAGGGCACACUGCUCGGAAUGAGCAAAGCCUUGUCUGGAAAGCUUUGAAAAAAGUUGAAACAGAGAAGCGCAUAGUUUUGUCUGGGACUCCUUUCCAGAAUAACAUCAAGGAGUUAUACAACACUCUCUGUGUAGUCAGUCCAAAGUUUGCUGCAGAUUUGGAGCAGAAAUGGGCUUCUCUUAGCAGUUCCAUCGACAAGAAUGCCCGAGCAUUGGAAGAGCUUAGGGACAUUAUUUCACCACUAGUCCAUAAGUGUAGUGAAAAUGUAAAGAAGGUAAGCCUUCCGGGUAUAAGGGACACUGUAGUUCACCUGAAACCGACAGAUUUGCAGAAGGAGUUGCUUAGAAGGAUUCCUGAGAAUCCAAGCUCCUUUUAUGAACAAAAUCUGGUGUCUCUUAUCUCUGUUCAUCCUUCAUUAGUGGCCAAUAGGAAGGAGUUCUCUGACUUAGAAAGUCAGCUAAAAGAGAGAGGUUGUCGGUCGGAUCCAGAUACCGGAGUAAAAAUGAAAUUUGUUGUUGAGCUUAUCAGACUUUGCGGUGGGAUGAAGGAGAGGGUUAUAAUAUUUAGCCAACUACUUGAUCCUCUAAACCUGAUCAAGGAGCAACUCAGUUCUCUCUUUGUAUGGACUUUAGGCCGGGAGAUUCUCUACAUGGAUGGGAAGCUUGAUGUGAAGCAGCGGCAGAUAUCUAUAAAUUCUCUUAAUGACCGUAAGAGUGAUGUAAAAGUGCUGCUUGCAUCCAUAAAAGCGUGUUCAGAAGGAAUAAGUCUGAUAGGGGCCUCAAGAGUGGUUUUGCUUGACGUGCUCUGGAAUCCCUCAGUAGAAGAGCAAGCCAUCAGUCGAGCUUACAGGAAUGGGCAGACCAAAUUUGUGCAUGUUUACUGUCCAGUAACAUCAAAAUGGGAGGUUGACAAGAUUGAACAGCAGACGAGAAAGAAGUACCAUUCAGAUGUUCUUUUGUCUAGGAAUCAUGAAGCCAAGAUGGAUCCUUCAUGUUGUGAGUCAGAGGAUACCAUACUAGAAUCCAUGUUUGAGCAUGAGGGCCUCCGUCAUAUUUUUGAAAAGCUCUCUCAUGCACCACGUGUGCUGCCGCCUACUACAUGCCUUGAUUCUUGUAACCAACCUCCAAAACCAAGCAAUCAGUUGGAGCAUGUUUUUGGGUACUUGUUAGAGGAAUUUUUGAAGCCAUCCAUCAUUACAGGUACUUUGAUGCAGAUUCACAUGAAGAAUGCAAAUAAGAUUAGGAUUUUCAUCACCCACAAGAUGUUAUUGUAA